AGUUUCUCAAAGGUGGUCUCUUUGGGAUGCCGCCCGCCGGCGUGCGCAUGCCGGCCAUGGUUUGUCUCCUCUUCCUUUCCUUCUUCUCAUUACCUCUCUGCCAUCUACGUAAAGUCAAUCUUGCAUUUGCAUUACAUCUGCACGCUGUCUCAACCCAAUUGAUCCUUGCCGGCUUAUUGCUUCUUUCCCGCACCGCCUGUUCCUGCAAGCCGUUCCCGCAGAGUCGUUGCUUUCUUUGCCUGAGACGUCUUUGGUCUUGGAAACAAGAUACAUACUAUCUUUCGCAUUGCUAUUACCCACAUUCAACGCGCGCAUCCACACACACACACACACACACCCACUCAUAUACACGCAUACCAAGAAGAUUGUCACCAUGUUGUCGAGCUUGACGACCAAGAUUGCCCUGAGGAAGGUUGGCCUAAACAGCAAGAGCUUCGACUUUAGCGGCGGCGGCGCUUCGACAGACUCAAAGAGCAGCAAGAAGGGUACCAAUGCGGGCCUCGACGACGACGCGACCGAGGGCAACGCGGGGGCUUGGCCGGCGUGGAUGUCGAUGAAGUCGUUGCCCAUGACCGUCGCGCCGUGGUUCUCCCCGCCGCCCCCGCCGGUUCCGAUCGGCGAGGUCCCGAAGAUUGGCGAACUAGCCCCGUUGGACCGCGAUAGGCAGCUCGAGUUUGGCCGCGGCCGUCCCGUCCUCGUUGUCUUUUUACGCUGCGUCGGUUGUGCUUUCGCUCAAAAGACCUUUCUUGCCCUAAGGGCGUUGGCCAACAAGCACGCCCGCACCAUGACCUGCAUAGCCGUCUCCCACUCCUCCCAGGCCGCGACCAACAAAUGGAUCGACAUGCUCGGCGGUGCCUGGAACGUGCAGGUCGUCAUCGACGAGGACCGCGCCAUCUACGCCGCCUGGGGCCUGGGGCUGGGCAACGUGUGGUACGUCUUCAACCCGACGAGCCAGGUUCAGGGGUGGAAGGAGAAGGGGUGGUUAGGGGAGAAAGUCGCGGGGGCGAUUCAGCGGACGGGCGGAGCUGCAGCUGAGAAUGCUGCGUAUGCCGCUGCUGCGAAUGCGAAGAAGCAGCCGCCGCCGAUGGAGAGACGGGGCACGGGGAUGAGCGGUGCUUCCGCUGUUAGUGUUGGUGGAGGGGAGGAAGGGGAGGGAGGGGCGAGUACGGUUAUGGGGAAUAAGUGGCAGACUGCGGGGGCGUUUGCUGUUGAUGGGAGGGGGACGGUUGUUUGGGGUGGGAAGGCGUUGAGGGCUGAUGAUCCAAUGGAUUUGGAGAUGGGGGUUAAGGUGUUGGGGGUGUAGAUGGAUGCGGUAUCGGGAAAUGGGUCUGCUCCAAGCGUGCGCUCUAGAUGUAUUGGGGAUGGAUCUGGACGAGGCAAGUUUGUAUGAUGGUGAGGCGUUUUGAUAAAGGUUUGGAUGGAAGGGGGCGUAUUAUUGGUUUGAUAGCGCGUUUUCAUUUCAUACUUAAAUGGUAUGCCCAAGACUAAGAUGCUUCGUACCAUGUGGCAGUAUAUCGUAUUCGUUG